GUUCAAUUAAAUAGUCGUCUCUGAAUCCGUUUCCGUUAACAUUGCGGCUCAUCUCAUUCCUCAUUACGGCCAUUUUGUUGAAAAUCUGUGCACGUUGUAGCGUGGUUACCUUAGUGUUGUUAUUUAUUUUUCAUACUUUUGCUGAAAUAUUACAUUUGUAGCUGUCCAACUAUUUGUCUUAUAUUGAAAAUAUUCUUAUUAGCUUACGUUACGUUGUAAAUUCUUUCUUUAUUUAAUAACGCACAUUUGUGAACAUGGAUGUCAGCUUAGACGAACUUAUAAAGACAAAAAGGUCGUCUUCUCGUGGUGGUGGCCGUCGUGGUGGUGGUCGACAAGGUUCCAGAGGCGGUAAUGCCAAACGUGGCGGCGGAUCCAAUUUUCGUUCAAAUGGAAAUGGUGGAGGCCCUAUGCGUAGAGGAAGACCCAUUGCAAGGCGUUCAAAUGGGUUUUCACCAUAUACAAAGGGUGACGUUAAUGCAUCAUGGACUCAUGAUAUGUAUGAAGGACCAAAAAGGCAAAAUGUAAGAGGUGGACUUUCAACUACAAAUAUACAUAAAAUAGUUAUUUCAAACUUGGACUUUGGAGUUACUUCUACUGAUAUACAGGAAUUAUUUGAUGAAUUUGGACCUCUAAAAACAGCGACUGUACAUUAUGAUCGAUCCGGUAGAUCCUUAGGUACAGCUGAUGUUGUUUUUGAUAGUAAAAAUGCAGCAUUAAAAGCAGUUCGCCAAUAUAACAAUGUUCCACUUGAUGGUCGACCAAUGAAAAUUGAACUUGCCACUGAUUUAUCAACAGUUGCUACUCUUGCUACUCGUCUUAGUAGACCACCCACCUUGCCAACACGUGUAAAUCGUGGAGGUUUUCGUGGUAAUCGAGGAGGUGCAAGGGGUGGACGAAAUAACCAGAGAAAUUCUAGAGGACGUGGUGGUAGAGGUGGUGGCAGAGGAAAUGAAAAGAAGACUCCAAAUAAAGAUGAAUUAGAUGCACAACUUGACAGUUUUAUUAAAAGCAAAAAUAACUAAUCACAGAUAAUUUAUGUACCAUAGUAUUUUGUUCUAUUUAAUAACUAAUUUUAAGGAUAUUAGUGUUUUUGACAAUUUAAAAAGUUGUGUUAACUAUCAUUAGUUAAAAAACUAAUAUUGCUUUCUUUGUAUUGUAAUUAGAAAAAUGAAGAUAUAAUUAUACAAUUUUAUAAGCAAACUUA